AUGGUCUCCUUCGAUGUGACGUCGUUAUUCAUAUCUAUCCCACCAAACGUGGCCCGCGAAGUCUUGCGCAAGAGACUUGAAGAGGCGUACGAUGAGACUCAGAAUGCCCUCAAAAUUGAACACCUCAUGAGGCUGUUUGAAUUCUGCCAACAAACUUUCUUCACUUUUGCGGGAGAGACCUAUGAACAAAUCAAGGGAACCCCAAUGGGCUCACCGGUCUCCGGUUUGGGGGCAGAACUGGUCCUACAGGAGUUGGAAAAGAUUGCCUUCCCCCAACAUGAACCGGUGUUUUGGCGACGUUACGUUGACGACACGUUCGUCAUCGUAAAGAAGGACAUGCUGCAACAUUUUCACAGCCUGCUCAACGCAGUCUUCCCGGAUAAAAAUUCACGAGGGAAGAAGAACAGGAGCAGCAGUUGCCCUUCCUGGAUGUGCUCGUCAGACGCAACCUUAACGGUGAACUUGAAACGACGGUUUAUAGGAAGGCAACGAACACCACUCAGCUUCUCAGUUUUCACAGCAACCAUCCGGUGGCUCACAAACGAAGCUGUGUGAAGACGCUCUUCAAACGGAUCCAAACUCAUUGCAGCAAACUGGAAGAUAGAGCGCGUGAGGCCCGUUAUCUCCGCGACCAGUUUGUGCAAAAUGGCUAUCCGAGGGCAUUCAUAAGUCGCUGCCUACGCGGUCGCCACCAGAGAACUCAAACAUCAACGCCACCGACGAUAUGGCAUUCUCUGCCAUACAUCAAGGGUGUUUCAGAAGCGACCGAGCGCAUUGCUGCGGAGCUAGGGGUUGGAAUCGCACACCGCCCCAAAGCCACCAUGCGCAACAGGGUCAUGAAGAUCAAAGACCGGUUAAAACCUGAAGAGCAAUCUGGAGUAGUGUAUCGCAUUCCGUGUCAAAAUUGUCCUUGUAAUUACACAGGACAGACUGGACGCAUGCUCGGAUCGCGCAUACAUGAACAUAAGCUGGCUGUGCGGCGAGGCGACGCAUUAUCACAAGUGGCCGCCCACACCUACGAAAUGGGUCACGAGUUUGACUUCGCAGCCACCAAAAUAGUUGCCCACGCCGGAAACAAAACAGGCCGAGAAUUGAUUGAAGCCUGGGCCACGGAUGAGAACUCGGUCAAUCGAUUUAUCGAUCUGGCGCCGGCGUUCAGAGCCCUUCGUAGUCACCUCCAGUAGUGCGACGUCGGUCGAUGAUUGGGUCUGCGUGCCUUAUAACUGCCGCUUGUCCUGUUUCUGCCACUACCUCUGACGAUGGACUCCUGUACGAGUCUGAAAGCUCAGGAUAAUAAACGAAUUGUUCCGGUGCUCGACUCUUCUUCUUCUUCUUUAAAUAUGUAUACACCUGGAACUCGAAAUUUCGCCUUCAUUCGUGAAAGAUAAUGUCUUAUGGCCGAACCUUAUACAGGCAAAGACGCGAACUAAGUCACAUAAACCUUUUAAUCACUUCGGCAGAGGUAGAAGUAGAGGGUAAUUAAAUCUCCUUCCCUGAAUAAAAUCACAAACAAGAACAAUGUAUUUAAAGGUUAGACGUACGAUCCAUUUGACUUAAAAUGUAGACGCCGUCGCGUCCGUUUUUGGUAUAUGUGAGUCUAACCUAGACGGCAUAUCCCUUAUGAAGUAAAUAUUCACCAUACGUCCUCGAGCAGUCUUGAAAGGACAUAUUGCAGUCAUUGGCGCGGAAUUGGACGUAAUGAAGUAAUCGGUAAAAAGAGGAAUGGAGAUGACCAGAUAGCCUUAAGGUCAUCAUCGAGGAAAUAUUGCAAUAGCAGAGAAAUCAGACCACAUCAGAUGAAAGCGGCUGAACAAGGAGGCAUCAGAUAAACACAGAUACAAUUUCGUCGAUUCCCUUGCUGGAGAACGUUUCUGAAAAUCCCUCAUUCUAGUAAAUGCCCAUGACGAGGGGGAUUGGCUUUUAAUACCAGUUCUCUAUAAGAAAGAUUUAAAAACCAUGGUUAGGAUGGGAUAAAAUCACUCCACUGCUAAAAUACAAGGAAAAUAAUGCUACCGCUUAUUUGCCUUUUGUCUCAGCGGUUCCAAGAACUUGUAGUUCUAAUUUCUUGCCGAAAUCUUAUCUUGUUUUGCAGCCCUCUUCCAUUAAUUAGUAAAUCACGGGAGCUUUCGCAAGAAAUGUGCUCAAGCACCGUCAUAUAGGGGUCUUACUUCACUGAAUGAAUUCUUUAGUGGUUAACGUACUCCCUAAAAAUGGGGACUUACUUUUAACAAUUGUUCAGGACGUCUAUUUGGUGAUUCAGCCCACAGAUAAUGGUAGGCAAGGACUAUUUGAUAAGUUAAAAUGAUGCGUCGGAAAUCGUUGUACAAAAACAUAAAAAUAAUGACACCUUGCUCCCAACAUGCGCACACUCGUGGUUACGAGUGCUUGUCUUUACGCAGGGCUGUAGGAAAUGUCCUCCAUUAAUGUCAUUGUCCUUCACAUGACCGUCUGCAGCUGUAUAUGGAGAAUGCAGAAAAAGACUAAGACGCAGUAGAUGCAUAGUCUUUUUGUUUCCAAUUUCAAACCGUAAGUGGGGUUUCAGUUAACUUAAAUUACUGGAAGUUUUUAUACAGUGUAGUGGCCGUGUCUCACAUAUAGAUAUUCCUCAUAACAGCUGAAGGAGAUACUGGCUUAGAAACUCGUCAGUUAGGUCUUGAAUGGACUUUGUAUUUACUACAAAUGUGUUUAUGAAAUCCGAAAUGCAUGCAUUUAAGCGAAAUUAACGCAAGCAUUCGUCAGUAAUCCAAAGUAGCUUUUUAUUUCUAAUGAGUGCUAUUCUUCAGUCCCGGAAAUGCAAUACUUUUUACCAAGGACGAGUAAAAAAUCCAAAAAAUUGUAAUGGGUCUGUCAAAAAUUCCGGAAAAUGACACUUAUUUGAACGUCGCAACAGACAAUCACAAUCUGGACUAUUAGUUUUGUUAUUCUGCGGUAAAUUUUUUUUCAUUUUAAUUCAAACAUGUUUGUCCUGGGCAAAUUGUGUCCUAGAAAACCCUUUUGGUUUCAAACCUAUCUGUUCAUGUAUCUUCCGCUAUUGACGCAAUAGUUCGAGACGUUUGUGCCCGACUUAGCUGAUAAUCUUACAGUUUGCGGAAAAGGCAAUUUUGCAUUGACUUUUUUGGCGGUUUUACUCGUUUGAAAACCACUUAUUUGCGUUCGUUUUCAUGCUCCAUGCUUCCUCUAAUUCAUUUGCCAUAAUGCUAUCAAUAUUCAAUUACAAAAAUCGCCCGGACAGAUAGUAUCGCUCGAGCUGGUGCAGAUAAUGUGAACUAAAAUGUCCUUUUAUUUGCAAAUAAACAAGUGUAAAAACGCAAAUUUUUAUCUAAACGCACCAUUGGUUCUUAAAAUUAGUGUUUGUGCAUGGCGAUUAUAAAUUACGCAAAUUUUUUACUGACGUUAUAAAAAGUUGUGAGUUUUCCAGUUUGAACUGCUCAGAAAAUUAAAAAAGGAGAAGCUGUUUUUGGGUCCAUCCCCAGCGCAAUACAAAAAAAUCCGAUUAUACUUAGGUGGCGACGCGUACGAGCACUCUGAAGUUAUUUAAAAGGAGAAUACAGUGCACAGGCUGCAAGUUUAUGUUCGUAAAGCCCGAAAUGUUUGUGAAAUUCGACAACAUCAUGAGUCGCCGGUUACUUGAAGAAACGAUCCUUCUUCGAUAUUCGGCGCUCAAACAUCGACUGGACAGAGCAUCUGAUCACAUGGAGGACGCGUCUGAGGGACAGGGCAAGUGGGUGAUUGUGCGUCAAACAUAAUCUGUAAAUACUGUCCGUAUGCAUCCGCAAAGUGUUUUUCCCUCCCUAACUGCGAGUCCAAAUGUAAGUACGAAAUGCCAGUAGAAUGCAACUUUUUUUCCUAGGAUCGGCCCUCCCUCGUUCGCAUCUCAACCAUCGACAGGAACAUUGACUGAUAAAAACUUUGAGAAAACUUGCAAACCUUGGUAAAUUGACCGGUCAGAAGAUGCAUAUGCUUAUACAAACAAUAGGUUACGGAGGUUAUGGAACUUGGCGACUGAAUUUCAGAUUCCUUAGUAGGCGGCCUAGGACUAGGGUUUUCUUACAUGUCCAAUGUAGUAAUUUUAAAGGAGAUUUUUCGACGCAUAAUAAAUUUUGGGUCCUUUUAUCGGGGGAGAACCGUAAACUUUACCUUGAACAUUUACCAUAAGUCGACAAAUUGGAAAUUUAUUCUGUUAGCGUAAUUGUUACGACAACGCAUUUCAAAAGGAAACACGCUCGGUUGCUGGAGAAUGAAGCUUUUAUAUCUGACACUUCAGCCGAGUGUUAAAACGGGUUCACAAUGCCGGGGUCAAAGUGUGUCAGCUCUCAUUUGUUCGAAGCCUGUCUAAUAAGAUAAUCCACUUAAUUUAAUGGGCAGUAUGAACAAAGAUCACUGUUCAGGACGUCUUCUGCAAACAUUAAUCAUUUUUAAAACACGUUCAUUUUAGGGCUAUCUACUUCUCAACCACAGACGAAUAAAGUGUUUGCCAUUAAAUGGUUUUUUAUAUAUUUAAAACUAUGAACAUUAACUGUACAUGCGACAUCCACGUUCCCUUUAUGUGGAGUAUUCUCAGAUAUUGUAAUUGCAAAUAGGUCGUCUCUACCAUGCCGAAAUUGACACAAUGCAAAAAGACCGUCAUUGGGAAGUGUCAAACACAAUCCUAAGUCUCUUUAUCCGGUAAUCAUGGAUUGUCCGACUUCACUGCAUUUCUCUUUACGGACAUGUUGUUUUAAACAAAGUCCGCAGAAAUUUUGGAAAGAAUUAUCAAAGUGAAAUUGUUAUGCAAACUUCUGUAGCUAAUCUGGGGGAUAAGAUUCAAAAUACCCUGUUUUGCAGGACAAAUUUUAUUUAGUUUGUUGGCAAAAACGUCCGCAUUGGAAUCACAUGUUAUUGUGUGUGCCACCAGGAAUUGCCAACUGGAAUGUUCAAAGUCGCUCAAAGUCUGUCAAAAAUUCGUGAUAAACCGUUAAAAACACUACUAAAUGGCUAGCGAUCCUGACAAGGACCAACAAAUUCAGCGUCAGUUGCUCAACUGAUAUGAAGUCUGAGGCAUAUUUAAGCUGAUAAGCUAAAUUAAAACGAUUACAAAAUGCUCCAGAACAUGAAGGUAAGGCGCGAGUGACUGAUGCCAAAAGCAAACCAGGCGCAGCCAUUUCUGUUAUAUGUGAAAUUGCCUGGAGCAUUGUAUGUAGUAUAUGAAAUAAACUCUAUCAGCCUAGCAGUUUUCUCCCUAACCACUUCCAAAAAUAAUCCAACGCUUACAGUUCCUUAACUUCUAGAUUUCUGAACUUCCAGAGUGAGUCACUAAUACCUACUGGAUCUAAGAAUUUUCUGUUUUGAAGGAAAACGUUGAGACGGCAGAAAGUAUGGCCGUCAACAUGCAAAAUAUUCGGUCAAAUUCGUUAAUUAUUUGAAUAAUUUCUAGCUCACUUUGUUACCUUUCGCUGGUUAUUCAUGACCUGCAGAAUAGGACAUUAUCUUACAGCGGAGUUAAGUUAAUCCUACUAAUUUUUGAUGGCUGAUGCCAAUAAACCGAAAAUAUGCCUGACCGCAUUUCUUCUCUCCCUUAUAGAAAAUAACGAUCUUUAUGCCCUUUCACAGAUGCAACAGUAAAUCGAAAUUAUGAAAUAAGUGAAAAUUUAAUGUAAACUAUUGAAAUAGUUUCAAACUCAGAUGCAUCAAUUAAAGCAGCAAUGUGAAUGAAAGGCUUGUAAAGAUGGAAAGACGAUCGCGUCUCCUUCUUCAUGACCGCUUCCUGGAAGUUGUCCCUUUGCUCCUAUUGGCAAUUAAGGGGUUAUUAAAAGCAACUUAUUUUUGGUUAGAAACAAUAUUUUUAGAAGAAGCAUGACUAUCAGAAAAACACAGCUAGAACUCAAUAAAUUGAAUUUAUUACAGAAUUAAUUAAUUUUCGCGCAUCCAGAAAACGCAGCGGAUUAAAAAAUAUUUGCCUAACGCCGUCUGGAAGCUACCUAAGGUAAUUCUGGGGUCUAAUAUCUCCAAGCUAGCUAAACACUUUGUGCCUAAUAAAAGUUUAUCCAGAGAGUGAAAAAAAAUUUCUCGUAAGACAUCACGAUAAACAACGGACAGUGGUUAAGACUGAAUUAUUAUUGCAAGAUACAAGUACAGUCUUGCACGUUUUUGCAUAUCAUAUAUUUCAACUUCAAAGUUACUGUGCUUUCUGAAGACUGCAAAUUAUGUUGGCUCUGAAAAUGUCUUUGAAAUUUCCAUGAAUAGAUUUCGGCACUCACUGUUCCUAAUCGGCUGUCGGCAAUCGGUGUGACGUUGACCAGUUAAGUCUAAAAUAAUCCUCUGUCAAAGACUUUUUCGGUAGAGACUUUCGCUGAAUGAAGUGUACACUCCCAUUUCCUGAAGGAAAUUCGAGGAGAAAGCAAAAUGUUUUAUACGCUUAUGCAUUUCCUUUGCUGGGACUGACACGUUACACAAAAAAAGAAAGUUUCCCUUCUCCCCUUCUCUGGAACCGCCAUCUUUUUUAAUUCUUUGUCCAAGACAGUGGAUAUAGAUGCGCCAGAGAGUUGUCUUGAAAAUAGAAAAAUGUCCAGCGCACGAAAAGGAUAAAGUCCAUUGAUUCACAAGUCAAACGGGUUACUAAUUUUACGGAAGCGAGGAAUGGAAGGUUGCCCAUUAACCUUAUUACAGUGUUUAGGGCAACAUAAUCGCACGAAGUUACAAUUUUGAACUUUUGAUGAGGAAAUUAUCUCAGGUUUUUUCAAAAAACGUAUUUCUUCACGUAUCGCCUCAUCUGGUGUACGCACACUAAAAGUCAGCUUUUAAGUUGAUAAAGGCUCUUUUGACAGACGUCUCUUAUCUAGAUCAAUGUGCUUCGUCAGAGAACCCCGUACAGAUACGCAGAACGGUGUCUAUGUAUUAGUAGAGAUAACUGCCCAUACUUAAAUUGGGUUUAUUUUCUUCAAAAUAUAUACAAUUCUGACCGAAAAAAUUCAGCAAAGUGGUUUACUCGAACAAAGCAUUUUUGCUAUACUCGUUAGUCUGGCGCGAAAGAUGCCAGACAUCCGAGAUUCUCCAGACGGAUAAUUCGGACUUCGAUCAGUUAAAACAAAUAACAAAUCACAACACCUUACUUUCAACAGAAUGCUGACGUCGGCGACUAUCUCAUCUUGUCGUCAAGAGCCUUUCCGAGUUCCCUAUAAAGCCCAAGUGCAUCGGAGAUUAUAACUGCAUGCACAAAAAGUCACCUUCCCAUUUCUUAUGGUAAUCGAUGAAGUUUCCUGCAUGGGCCGAACUUUAGUCGUCCAUUAAGUCGUCUACUGAUAGUUUUCUUAAUUUUUCUUUCCUGUUUCAAACGUGCGCCAGUGAACUAUAUGCAUGUAAACUUUGGACCCUUUGAAAAAAUACACAGAAGUUAGCACAGAGGAGAUUUGUACUAGUCUUCCUUACAAAAGGCAAUGCUUGCUGAACAAUCGCAGCAACAAACUUUGUUUUUGAUAUUUUCCUUAAACUCCUUAUUUUUGCCUGGGGGACAGUUGUACCGUUUUUUUCGGCACUCAUAAAAGUAUUUAGUUUUUCUCUGGGCAAAGCACAUCUAGAUGGCCAUUAAGGUGCUCUCCGAAAGAAGUAUCUUUUCAGAUGAAAAGUCUUGUUUAAUCCUGUUUAGUGUGAUACUGAGAACGUACUAUGCAUCGUUUCUUAAAAUGGUAUAAUGUCAUUAGUCGCACUCCCCGUAAAGACACUGCAUUGUAUAGGAAUCUGAAAGACAAUGAUGGGCAUUAUGGGAAGAGAGUUUAAAACGCAAUGCUUCCUUGAAUACUGCGUAUCAUAAUUAGUAAUUUACUGCGUGCAGUCAAAUGGGACUCACAAUCAUAUAUCAAUUCAGAAAACUGAACCACCUUAUUUUAAACACCUGUCCGGACUUUUAUUUAGCAUCCUUGGUUUGAGUAUGAUGGUUAAAACAACAUGUUUUGUUACCGAUUGCUUGCUGGCAGCCUGGCUAUUCCACCGAAACUGAUUAAUUUUAGUCAAAAUAUUCACGGAAAACGUUGGAGGUAGCUUGAAAAAGGUCUGCCUUGAAAAACAUGUCACAAAUCAGCACAUGAAUUUAUGAAAACACAAACACUUAAAACUGGAACAUACAUAUGAAAGCACAUGAGGGGCGCCAGAGGACUCGUCUCGGCUGCGUCAUGCAUCUGCACGAACUCGGAGAAGAACAAGGUGGGGCCGCUAGCUAGUAUGCGUGGUCGUGAUAGCUAGGAUCAGUCCGAAUUUGGGUCACAUAUCUUUCUCAUGUUUUGGCACCUUUAGAUUUUCAUUCUAAUUCGUGUAUAAUAUAAUAGUAUUCAUAAAGUUUGGCCAGCCUCAUACCUUAUAGUCUUCGUCCGUAUCAUCAUAUUUUUUCAAAAUGUAUCGUUUUACAAACUGUGCUCUUUGCCGUGUCUUGCAAGUGCCGGUAGGUGCUGCAGGCUGUAAAACACAAGCUCAAAACACCUGCUAAUAAUAUUUACAAAACUUUGUAUGGACUAUUUCGUUUUGCGCAUUGACUCCUCAAAUGCUAUUCCAAUGGUUUCAUUUGGUAGCCCCUGUCCAAACAGGCUGUUCGAAUCCAGUUAAGUGAUUUGUCCAUCUCAUAUGCAAACGUCCUGCGAAAUCGCGAGGCAUCCUCAGUGCAAAUGCGAAUACUUUACGGCAAGUCGGAUCGGUUAACUUAAUUAGCAUCAUCCUGGUAUCAGUUCUGAAAAACUGUUCAUUUUUGACUUUGUCGGCCAAGUUUUUUUGAUAGAGAUGCAAAGUUGAGUUGAAAGAAACAUUUAAACAAACUUAAGACCUAGGUGAUAGAGCAAGAGGUUGAUUCACCUGAGGCGUCAAAGUCAGAAACUCACCCCCAGUACCAGAAAUGGCGAACACGCUGGCUGGAAAGAUCAUAUAGGUCUACGCGACCACUUGUCCGCCAAAAAUAGAAACCUCCUCAUUCUUCCCAUGCAGUCACACUUGGCAUAAUAUCGGCUGCGUAAGUCUUAUCGGAUUUAUCAAUCGCAGCGACUCCAUCGGCGGUAUUGAUGAUUGGUGUGAUAAUUAUUUGACAACUUAUCUCAUCGGUGCUGCAACUAGAUGUGGUGUUCACCCGCGCUCACAAAGUGACGAAUAUGCCCAGAUAGCGUCUUAGCACUGAUAAGGGGAAGCUCAUUGGCUGGGUUAAUGAGCUGCAAAACGAAGAACGAUAGCAUAAGCAGUCAGAGGUUCACACGGCUGUCAUGUCUGACAGGAAAUUCGGCGUUGUCUUUCUCAAAGGUGUGACAGGGUCGCGUCUAACGUGCCGCACCUUCAGAGGUGGGGGCACCUCUUUUUAAUUUUGAUGCGCAUUCAAGCAAUUAACUUAAGUAUAAUCUUUGACGUUAAUUUUUCAGCUGCAGCAGCAACGCGCACAUCAAAGUAUUUAGACUUCUUAUUUCGUGAUAAUGGACCUUUCGAAUUCAUCAUCCGACGUCCUUGGAUUGUGUGCGACAGCAAACACCAGGGGCGUGCGAAAACGACUGGCGACCGCGGAUGCAUUCUGGAAGCAUGGGAGUUCUCGUCAAAGCAUUGGUCUACGGCAGUCUUCUUUUUCGUCUCCUCUUUGCAAAUACUGACGGAUGAAGUAGCGUAGGUGGGCACUCGCUAUAAGUACACCAUGAACGUAUUGAAAUUUGGCAACCUUGUCUUCCAGUAAUUCUCAGUGCACUUCCGCGCGCCGAUUGGACGCACUUGCACAAUUGCGUUUAUGACCAAUUAAGCGGUUACGUUUGAAGUUCAGUACUUGGCCAUCUUUUGCCUUUUUCUAGAUACUUUGGUUUCUAGGCGACCGAAGCCUCCCGACAGAGGACAACAGAUAAUGUCAUAUGCCUACUAUAUUCCACUUUCCUCGCUAGGUGCAUUUUCAGGAAAAUGGUUUUGAAAUCUUUAGAUAUCAACGCCUGGACCCGUUUGACAAGGAAAAAGUUACCAAUCACAAACCUAUUAUGGAAUUUCACCUUAUGGUGUCGGAAGUCCAGUGAAUCCGAAGCUUAACAGACGGCGUCAACUAGGCGUCCUGUAAUCAAGAAACGAUUAAGCGUGUCGUUAUCCUCGUUAUAAAUCCUUCUGCCAAGCAUGAAAUAAUGUUUUUUGUAAAAAUCGAGGUAAUGGAGGGGUUUGAGACUCAUUCCGAGUAAUUGUCACUUCCACAAAAGGCGUUUUUCAGGGAUAUUUCAAUGGUUAAGACAGCAAGAUCGUUUUGACAGGGAAUAAAUUGGACCUCCACUUUAGAAAGCAUCAUGGUCUAGAUUAUAAAGAGACAUGAAGUAUUAUUUUUUCACUUAGAAGGUUUUGACUAGGAAGUUGGAAUAUUUGAAGCUGCAGCUAAAAUGACAGAUGCAAAAGCAACCCUUUUGACGACCGGUCAUUUGGACAGUUGCCAUAAUCCUAGGUAAUCAUGCUAUGAAGGCAACGGUUUGAAAUUUAGGUGUGUACAUAAGUGAAGAAUAAGAACGAUCGAGCACUGGAACAUUCGUUCAUUGUUCUGGGCUCUCGAACUCGUGCAGGAGUCCAUCGUCAGAGAUAGCAGCGGUAACAAAACAAGAGACAGUUAUCGGGCGUGUACGUCAAUCAUCGACUGACGGUGCAAGACUGCAGGGGACAACGUAGGGCUCUGAAGGUCGGCGCCAGAUCGAUAAAUCGAUUGACUGAAAUAUCACCCGAGGCCCAGGCUGCAAACAAUUUUCGGUCUACUUUGUUUCUGGCGCCGGCGGCUGUUUUGGUGGCUGCGACGUUCAGCUCAUGACCUGUUUCGUAGGGGUGGGCAGCCACUUGUGAUAAUACGUCGACUCGCGGCACAACCGGCUUAUGUUCGUGUAUGAACGUUCCGAACAUUGCUCAGUCUGGUCUGUGUAAUCACAAAGACAGUUUUGACGCAUGGUGGCUUUAGGGCGGUGUGCGAUUCCAGCACAUAACUCUGCAGCAAUGCGCUCGGUUGUUUCUGAAACGUCCUUGAUGUAUAACAGAAAAUAGCAUAUCGUUGGUGGUUUUGAUGUUUGGGUCCUUUGGUGCGACCGCGUAGGCAGCGACUUUUGAAUGGCUUCAGAUAGUCAGUCUGUACAAAUUGGUCACAGAGAUAGCCGGCUUCACGCACUUUUUCCUCCUGUUCACUACCAUGAGUUUGGAUGCGUUUGAAGAGCGUCAUCACACAGCUUCGUUUGUCACCCAGCGGUUGGUUGCUGUGUGGUGUCCGUUGCCUUCCUAUAAACCGUAGUUUCAAGUUCUUCGUAAAGCUUUCGUCUGAAGAACACAUCCACGAAGGGCAGCUGCUGUUUCUGUUCUUCUUCCCUCGUAAAUUUCAUAUAAAGGAGGACUGCUUUGAGCUGGUUGUGGAAAUGUAGGAUGUCCUCUACGGUAAAAAAGUGUCUUCAACGUAACGUUGCCAGAACACUGGCACAUAUUGGGUGAAGGCAAUAUUUUCUCAUUCUUGUAGGAUCAGUUUUACCAUUAAGCCGGAGACCGAUGAGCCGACUGGUAUUCUCUUGAUUUGUUCAUAGGUCUCUCUGGCAAAAGUGAAGAACGUUUGUUACCGGACUGAACGGUACCAAAUGACGGCAACUCACGCCUCUCUAGCUCGAUUUUGUAUUUGGCCAAAAAUAUAGAAAACAGAUGUCCCACAGCGGCCAAUCGUUGCCCUACCUGGGAUUUAGCAAGGUGGAUAUACUCAAAAUUGAAGUUCUUUUAUGGCAACUCGACUGCCUCACUUCGAUCAGCCUCUCAAUCCUUCAUAGUCCUCCGAGGUCUGAGAAUUCAAUCGGACUCAUUCAUGGUCUUCUUCGAUGUGACGUUGUUAUUCACACCAAUAUCACCAUACUUGGCCUGUGAGGUCUUGCGCAAUAGAUUCGAAGAGGCGUGCGACACGGCUCCAAAUGCACUAAAAAUGGAACAUCUCAUGAGGUUGUAUGAACUGUGAUAACAGACGUUCCUCCUUGAUGUCAUAGUUCUUUUUUCCGUGGUGCAUUUUGGGCGCCGGAAUGGUGUCCGUUUUGCCCAAGGAAACCUGUUAAGGGCAAUAAUAGUAAUGCAACCGUAUUAAAAUACUUACACUUUUACUGGUUUCUUUGUCAUAUAAUAUGUUUCAGUGAUAAGGCCGGCGAAAACCACACUAAAUAUACAGGUUACAGGCAGGCUUAACAUGACAGUUUUUUGUUUGGAUUCCUUGUCUAUUUCAGGCAUUCAUUAGUCCUUCGUGCAGCUUCAGUUGCGUUACUUGAAUGAUCAGUACAUUGCUCUUUUAUUGCCAAGUUUUCCUAAAUUUUUGAGCUAACCUCCCCCUUUCUAAUAAACACAUCUGUCUUGUGAGUAAGAUUGUUGUUUUGGGACAAGAAAUUUCAAACUGGCUGGAUCUGACAGCGUUCCGACAGGCGAACGCGUAUCCCCCUGAAAGAUUUGGCAAGACCAUCUGUAAUACGGAAGCGAAGAUGCAAGGAGUUUAUGAAGUAAAGAAAUACAUUUUUCUUCUUUUUUAAUUACACUUCAGGUUUUUUAAUACAUGAAAAGGACAAUUUGUAGAAAGAUAGUUUCCAGACUCAUGAAUUAUGGCAAAAAGGUACUCGUACUGCAGAACCUAUGGUAAUAGGCAUAAGGUGGACAAAGAAGCGUGGUAGACUUCAACAUAUAAAGGAAGAAAUCUUAUUUGCACUGCAUGCACGUUGAAAUACGUCACAAUAGGCUCUUCGGUGGGAGAUGGUUCACUUACACACAUUUUUUCACUCUGAACCAUGCCUUUCUUUCUGAUUUUAAUUACCUGCUUUUGCAAAAUGACAGAAAUGGAAGGAGGCAGAAAGGGUAAAGUGUAAACGGUCGAUUGCUUUAGAUCUGAGGGAGUUUUUAGAGGUUUACGUAGAUAAGCAUGUCAAAAAUGUCAUGUAAGGGAAUCAAUAUUAAUAAAGAGUUAAGUGUUUACUUCGCGGAUUACGGAGUUAUAAUUACAUGACUUUGUUUAACAUUUUGGUGCUUGAGAUAAAACUAAUGGCAGAAAACGCUAGUAAAAUUUAUCCGAUCUGAACCAGAUAAUCGACGAAUAGAUGAACUUGUCCAGCUGAUACAUUAAGUUUUAGUUUCUCAUUUAUCAAAGAUGGCCUCUUGUCAAAAUUAGUCAAAAUAUGAGAAGCAGUUCAUAGUUUUCUAUGUCAAAAGUCAUUUUUAAACCUCCUGAUUAUUUAGUUAGUUAAUGAUGAAAUGACUCCCUGGAACUCGUUGAAUUUGUUUACAUGUGCGCUGCGGCUGCAUGCAAACCGGGCCGAUGAUCCACGAUGGAAUGUGAACUCCAAAUUCCCUUCGAAAUCGUGGAUGGGGAUAGAUAAUUAAAGAACCAUCCAGCCUAGUUGUAAAUAUUCCCGGUAUCAGAGAAUGGGCAUAAUUUGGUCCUUCAAUAGUAGAACCUUUGAUAAAUCAAAAAUAUCUUCAGCGAUAAAAUCUCGGGUUCGGUCAAUCUCAAUUUGUUUGAUUACACUGAAUUAAGUGGAAAUGACCAUUACAUCAAGCUUAUCAUUGUGGUUCUUAAUAGUUGGAAAUUGAUGUAAAAAAUUAAAAACAAGCAUGUACAGCAGAAUAUAUUGGGGCCAAUGCGGAUGCAAGUACAUUGGGCGAACGCAAAGGCAAUUGGCAACCAGGGCCGCUGAGCAUUUGCCUAAUUGGCUUUUCAAACAGGAAAAUAGAACCGCCCGUUCGUCUAUAACGAAACGCCUGUUAGAUAGCAGUCAUGUUGUCGACCCUAAAGCAUCUUUUCGAGUACUUGUCGAAGCACGUUCAACUCGAACCUUGCGUUAUUUGGAAGCAGCCUACAUACCAGACCUGUGCAAGCAGUUAGAUCACGUGAUCAAUCUGCAAUUGCCCUGGUAAUCUCACGCCUCUAUUUUUCCCUGACUGUGAUUUGCUGUUAACAUUUCGUCUCCCCUUUUUCCUUUUUGAUGCUUAUGUGGACGUCUUAUAUGAUUAUUGAUUGCUUUGAACUUUGACCUUGCUCUUAUGCACUGCCAUUCUGUACAAAUUCAUACUGCUGUGCGCUUUCAUUCGUUACCUUUGUUAUGCAGAGACUGGCUGCAGUUAAAAAGCCGUCACGAAAUUUAUUGGCCCCAAUAAAUUCUGCUGUACAUGCUUGUUUUCAAUUCAUACCCGGGAAAAAAUGCUUCAAAGUAAAAAAAUAAUGGUUUUUGUCUUUUUUCCAUCCCGUAGCAAAACUUUAAAAUAUUUAAUUAUCCUAAUAUUUUAGACACAAUGAGUUUUGUCUGCAACAUGAUAAGCCAGAGGUCUGCGAGAUUGAGACAGGAAGGAAACAAAACCGUGGCACAAAAUAGUAAUCUCAUGCUUAGACUGGAUCUGGUCUACUUUUCUAUCUAGAACAUAACGCAUAUUUCUCAAAUGAAUCAGAUUUCUUCUAAAACUUCGGUUAAACGUCGUCAUCUUAGUCAUUCGUUUCUCUUAGUUACUGCAAACAUAAUUUACGGGGCCGGUUACCAUGGUUAACAAAUUCAGUCCUUGUUUAGGGAUAUGGAAAGUCAAUCUGACUAGCUAAAAAACUUUAGUUGCGUCUCUCUGGAUACAUGAUGAAUUAUUAAAAUUCCAUAGUGUAAUACAUUUAAGCAGAGCAGAAUUCGUUUAAGCAGCAUACCUUUUAUCCCUAGGCAUACGUUUUGCGCUUACAGCGACUAGCCCAAUCUAAAUUUAGUAAGCAUCAUUAUUUCAUGUUUGGAACAAGAUAAAGAACAGCCCUUGACAUAAAAUUUUCAUCGGUAUCAUUAUUACCGGUGUCACUGCUUACGCCCAGGAAAACUGGUUACCGCCUUUAUAAUCUUCUGAUUGAUAACGCAUCCACGGGCUGAACUGAGUGGUCGGUUAACAGAUUAUUUAAACCCCAAGCUGAGUGGCCAAUUAUCUUUUGAUAUUUCACUAACAUUAACGCUGGACUAAAGAUCAAACUUAAAAUUAAUCAAACAAGUAGAUUUCUCAUCAAUUAGUUACGCAGGACAAACACAUAUGUUUAGAAUCGGCAAAAUAUGGAACCUAAUGAAUUAAUGUAUGCAGUUUCCUAUAUACUACAGUGAAUUAAGCACAAUAGCAGGGGAUCCGUCCUGCACAACUUUAGCCGAAAUUUCAAAAUGGGUUUCCGUUUCGAAAAGAUUAAUUAAGUAGGGUUGUAAAACAAAUUAGCAUAAAGCAUAAUUUUAUAAUAAUCCAGUCACCGCAGGGUGUAGGCUUUCGAAUGAACUUCAUUCCGGCCACAGACAAAAACUAUACCUUUGUAACGAAUGACUACUUAAGUAGCAUGUAUUCUUCUCAUUGAUUUUCGAUGCCCUUAAAGAUUUAAUCAUAUUUCAUGGAAAACGGGCAUAUGAAUAUUCAUUCUUUUGAUCAUUCGGUGAAAAAUAGUCUUUUUGUCUGUUGUAUUCUCAGAGGAAGGGUAUAAUUCGAUUUAAAAAAGUUUCCAAUUGAGGGAUUUUUUAUAUCGUAAAAUGGCCAUUUAUAAAACGUCAUAUCUCUGCAUUUCCUAAUGUGGCUUGUGAAGUUAACAAUAUGGCUCAAAUCCACUGCUAACUUUUAUGAACUCCACACGAUUUCCUCUUAAUACCGUAGGGAAAUGUGUGGCUGUCCAUUCGCAGAAAAUAUAUGGCCUGUAGGUUGGAAACCCCAAAUGCAAGUCUAAAGGCAGGUCGAUUUCAAAAUUAUUCGGUGGUUUGAAACGUUUUUGAAAACCAAAUCAGACUUUUCCUUCGGGUGUAAGAUUGGAAGAGGACGUAAUAUUCUACCGCAAGAGUUAAGAAUGAAUAUUUUUUUGCAUGCUUUGCAUGAGAUAUAAUGGAAUUUCUAAGGGCACCGAAAAUCAGUAAAAACUUGCAUGCUACGUAAGUAGUCCUUUUUUGCAGAGUAUCGUUCUUGUAUGUAGACGAAAAGAAGCUUAGUUGAAAGCAAGCAUCCUGGAAUAACUGGAUUGUUGCAAGAUUAUGCUGCAAAAUAAUAAAUUUUACAACUCGACUUAAUUAAUCUUUUUGAAACUGGAACGAAUUUCGAACUUUCGACUGCCAUUUCAUGCGUUAAUCAAACUACUAUAGAUGAAUGUUGAACAGACAAUUAUUUUUAGCAUAAUAAGAUAUUUCAAUCAUGUCGAGAUGCUGACAUUUAAAUUUGUUUUAUUCUUUCGCAUGCCAAAUCACGCUUGGUAUAAAGCGACUGUUUGCAAACUGUGAACUUUUUUAUGAUCUUUUAUGCACCUACGUUUUUGAAGAUAUUUUAUUGAAAAAAUGCAUACAAAUGUCUUAUUGCAUUAUUGUUUGGCUUAAGUUAAGCACUCGGAGGGGGUGUUAUUCGGUUCCUAAGAGUUUGUCAACCCAAGAACAAUUUUAAAGAGGCUCCCGUUGCAAUUGCGCUGAGAGUUUCCAAAUUAUGAAGUUGCAUAAUUGCCGUAUGAGGAAAGUAAUAAGUUCCGCUGCACUAUAGAAAAGGUAUUACAAAAGUAUCAUCAAACUUCUCAAUGGACAUUGUUCAUGAUUCAACACUCAUUAAUAAGGUUAUUAAACCUAUGGAUACAGCGAAAUAUGAUUGACCAUUUUAGACCUUACAAACCCUAUAAUUACAAACUUUUCAGAAAGAAAAUAUGCCUAAACGUUAGGUAGAAAAAUUGGAGAAAACGCAACAUACCAUCAAAAUAGCAGAAGAAAAAAUAUUAGUAUGAACACUUUUCACCAAAAAUAUUAAGAUUUUUAACGACAAAAAGGCGAUGAGAAAAAUUAUAAUAUAAAAGUCGGCAGUUUUCACCGAGGUAUUGCUUGCGCUCGGUCAUAAGGAAGCGCACUUAAAUGCUGGAAUCCUAACGCGACAGAUAUGUUAAGGGGUUAUGUUGCAAUAAAACCAAUAUAAGAAAUCCAACUAAAUAAUCCCUUUUAAACGAAAGCAGAUUUCAUAAUUUUGGUUGGCAGUUCAGAACACAGGUUGCCUACCGUGUAAUAGGGAAGCGAUUUUCAUAACUAACGAGCAUAUUCUGGACAGUCAGCUUAGAUUAGUCACAUAAGCGACAAGUCAUGAAAAAUAAUUCAAAGACAGGUGGAUUGAAAUCGAAGCAGACAAAGCAAAAGGAUUGGUGACACAAUCUAUUAAAAUAUGAAAAUUCAGAAUAAGGGAACAAAAGAUUUGAGUUACAAAAUGACUGAGGAUAUGAGAAAACGCACUCUUGGUUAAGCUACAAGGCACUCAGAUGCUCUCAGACGUGCACGCAGACUGCUCAGCAGUUUGCUGCAAAUGAUGACAGAUUAUGACUGUUCCUCGCUCUAAGACCCAUGCCGCUAUGACCUCCGCAUCAUUCUUUAAAUCUCGUUACGCAGUUAAAACACCGGUUUAUAAUGUCGCAAAUAGGCCAUAAAGAUGACCAGACCUCGUAAACUAAUUUAUUUGGGUUCCAUGGACCCUGGCCCAAAGCAUAAAAAAGCUAUAAAUUAUGUAUAUAUUUUUUAAAUGCCACUCCUGAAACGUAAUGUCAUAAAGUGAAGAAACACUGGCAGUUUCAGACAUGCAAGUUACUAGUUUGCGUAGUAACACAAAUAAUUCAUGGUAUAUGAGGCAUCGUAAAAAGGUGACAAAAAACUAUAACCAAAAGGUCCAAGUCAGAUUUUAACUUCAUAGGUUACUAGAGUGAGGUGGAUAGACAAGCAGUCAAAGAGACUGUUUCAAUCCUCGCUUUGAAACUUAUAAGGUUCGCCUGCUUUCCCGGUUUCUUUUUGCGCCAAAUAGCACUACAUUAUCGGCUGUUCAAAAAGCCCGUAUUUUUACCAUUAUUUCCAUUGUUAGUAAAAAUGCAGUUACCAUCUUCUAAACUGACAGAAGAAAACGUCAGCUCGUGUAAUUUUUACAUUAUGAACGUCCGCUUUGCGAGUUAUUCUUUGAAAAUGGGGAAAAGUCAACUUACAAGUAAAAGGGACUAACGAAAUUCAGACCCGCGACAGGGUCCGCCAUUGUAUACACAUUGUAGCAGUCGUAUAGAUUAAACUCAGUAAGCCUCGCGAAUAAAGUUAACUUAAAUGCAAGUAAUUGUUCAAAUGGGUCAACAAUUAAUUCUCUCAGCUGAAUAUAGGCCAAUAGUAACAUUAAACACUAGACUUUACAGCCAUUUGACGGGAUGUGAAUGAGUUGAUAACGAGAGAAGAGUGACCAUUUUGAGGAUAAAUGAUCAUGAGCCAAACCAGUGUAUGAGGAAAUCCUACUCACUUAGCAGAGACAAUACAAAAUCUUUUAGGACUCGUAAAAGUCGGCAGUCAAGCAUCACAAAAAUCGAAUCAAUUGCCGCCAAGGACAUCAAAUAUUUUUACUUGGCUACUGCAUAGUUCAGACCGUUAAAGAUUAACUUACAGUGCGUGACCUAUCUCAUGAAAUGUUGUCUGAAAUUCUGAAAUGUGUUUUCGAUUAGGAAGGAUUACUUGGUCGCGGUUGUGAUUCUGAUUAUCUUAAGGCAUACUCUUAUAACAUUUUAGACUUGGCAGGAUGUCGGAUUGAAAAUGCACUUCUUUCCGAUCUCCUGUAGAAAACGUGCUCGGGAAAAAAUGACUACUUAAGUAGCAUGUAUUUUUCCCAUUGAUUUUCGAUGGUCUUGGAAAUUCAAAUAUAUUUUAUAGAAACCACAAAUAAAAAUAUGCUUUUUUAGUCAAUCAAUAGAAAAUCACGUCUUCUUUAUAUUUUGUACUUAAGGAAGGAGUAUAAUUAGGUUUUAAAAAAGUUUCUAAUUAUGAGACUUUUUAAGACCGCGACAUGUCCAUUCACAUAGCAUCGUACCUGGCCGUUUACCACUGCUCCUCAUGAAAUGUACAACAUGGUCCGCAUCCACUGCAAAAUUUUAUGGACCCUGUAUGAUAUCUCUUUAAUGACAUAGAAAAAUAUGGGAUUUUCUUUACGCGGAACGCAUGCACCUCGUAGAGUUUAAUCACUAAGCGCUAAUGCAACGAAUGAUCAGGCUCCAAAUUUUUCGGCAAUUAGAAAACUUUUUUAAAACCUAAGUAUACUCCUUCCUUAAGUAUAAAAUAUAAAGAAGACGUGAUUUUCCAGUGAUUGACUAAAAAAGCAUAUUUUUGUUUGUGGUUUCUAUAAAAUAUAUUUGAAUUUCCAAGACCAUCGAAAAUCAAUGGGAAAAAUACAUGCUACUUAAGUAGUCAUUUUUUCCCGAGCACGUUUUCUACAGGAGAUCGAAAAGAAGUUCAUUUUAAAGCAGACAUCCUGCCGAGUCUAAAAUGAUAUAAGAGUAUGCCUUAAGAUAAUCAGAAUCACAACCGCGACCAAUUAAUCCUUCCUAAUCGAAAACACAUUUCAGAAUUUCAGACAACAUUUCAUGAGAUAGGUCACACACUGUAUGAAGAAACAACUGGAAUUAAAUGUCGAAGGAGUUUCCUCAAGAUUAGACUCUUUUUCCAGCCCUUCUUAGAAGAAACUGCACUUGUUUGAGGAGCAUUGUACUAAUUCAAGUCAGAUAUUUGGCAUUGGGAUUUGUUUCUAAACUGCUCGUUUUUAAAAUAAACGGAAAGGUAUCAUAGCCUCCUAUGUUUCGUUAUUUCUGUUUUGUUAUGAUGAACUAGUCUUUAACAUCCACUGAAUGGUAGGCGCAACGUUUUGUAUACCGCCAUCCCUGAUGUCCUUUGAAUGCUAGUAAUGACAGCAUUUGCCGUCCUCGUCCCCAUAAAAAACCGUUAAAAUGCACUAAGUCCAAAUCAUUUUAAAAGACAUAAUUCAUCACCGCUUCCGCUAAGUUAUCAGUUUUCACAUCGCGCAUAUUCCUAACAACUAGUUAAAAUGCGUAGUAUUGUUAAAAAAUUGUCACAGGACAAUUAGAAUUUCCCCCCGAAAAGCAUUUCGAACGAAUUUCAUCAUCAAGUGCAAACGCUCAGAAGUAUCCUGAAUUUAGGUUCUUGCGAAGUACCAUAUGCGCAUAAAGGGUACAGAUUCCAGUACACAUUAGGUAAGGCAAACGUAAAAGUUGUAGAAAAUCUCAAGGUCACAGUUUGUUAAGGCUUGCUAAUGCCCUUUCACGUAAGUCUGUCCCCAUAAAUAAUAUCUGUGGCGGUCUGCCCGCCAUGGAGGCACACGCAUAAACUGUCCAAAGCUGAUAUGCGAUCGUUUCUUCAUUUGAAUAGGUGAAACGUAAUUUCUUACAGAUCCCACACCGUCAGUUUCUGACGCAUAGACUGUAGCUUGCCGAUAGUGCUUAGACAUACUCCAACGACUUGUAUUGAUUAUGUGCAAAGUACGUUCUUAUCUGAAUGUUUCCUAUCAUCGUACAAUUUAACAGUGUUUUUGCGGGUCUACCACAUUCUGUCGAAAAGGACCAUGAAAAUCCCCUUUAUAUUUCUAGUUUGUAAAUGUCAAAAUAUACUUUAGACUGCUAAAUAAAUAAGAGAAACUCUUAGGUUAAAUAUGCAUCAACACACAUACAGCCGGUCACUAGUUUUUCGAUGAGGUUGGACAUACAUUUUGGAUAGAAAUUCGUUCAGAAGCGGGCAUAUCAUUGUGUAGGAGUUGAUCCCAGAACGCAUUUGACAGCUUUGUUUAUUACACUGGCUCUAUGUCAAAAUGACACUUAACAUCACAAAAACACACAAAUCGUGAUGUGAUGCUUGUACAAUAUUAUAAUGUGUUUGAAUUGGGAUGUCCAGUCUGGUUGGCGCAGUAUAUUGUGCGAGCAAGCACGCGGACUUCUUGAACAUUCCCACAGCAAUGUAAACGAAUUAGGGAUCAACGUAGUUCAGUUCCUUUGUUAAACUUGAAGAAACGGCGUUUUUCUGCAAAUUCAGUUCAUAAGACGAUUCUUGGUAAACCUUUCUUACGGAAUUUCAAUGGCUGAUGAUGAGGAGGAGCAAAAACACAUGAUUCUGCGGUCACGAGUUAUUCGAGGAGUUUGGACAUACUAGUUGGAUAGACGUUCGUUCAGAAGCGAGCAUAUCAUUGCGUAAGAAUAGACCCCAUUUUAUGUCCAGUGCGGGAGACUUUCAGAAAAAAAACAAAAUUUCAUAAAAUUAUCCAAGAUCCACCUAGUUCUGUGCACCAACGGAGAUUAUCAAAAUCAAAAUAUUAAAAGUAUGUCAUAUGUGAUUGUCACUAAAACAUUUUUACCCCGUUCAACGAGAGUUGCGAGUGUUUUAGGCAUAUCCUGUUCGGUUUAGGCUUUGUCAUAAGUGCGCGGUUAGAGCAAAAGCGAAACUUUAAGUCUUGUUUAUUCAACAGUAAGUAAAAUAGAGUCUCAUUACUACGUACAUACGAAUAGAACUGGAAUACGUUUACCGUUAUAAGUCAUCACUGGACUAAUUAACAUUGCCAAAGAUGCAUUAUAGAAGCAGAGCCAACGUUGUUUCGAAAAUAAUAUAAAUAUUUAGGAAUGCUAUCGUAAGAACUCUUCUUAAACUAAGGCAGAUCACCACAUAAAUUGCCGUAAGUCUACCCGUGUAAUCAAUCGUUGCAGGCCGGACGAUCAGCAUAGCCAUAUAUUGUUUCAGAUGAGUUUGAUAUAACAGAAAUGGUGCUUUACAGUUUAGACCUGAACUUGCCGUAGUCCGUGCAUUUAAGAUUAUCAGCCACGCUAAGCGUAGUGUAUUUAGAGAAGGCAGUAUGUUCGGACUAAAUUUUACAGCCUUUAGUACGCAAUAGCUCGACAAGAUAAAGAAACUGGAGUGAUGACAUCAAACGUCUUCUUAUAUCAUUAGAUUGUCUGAACCCAACGCCCCCUAUUGUACUCAAAUUAGAAAGUAUUAGUCGAUGAUUAACAGUUUCACAGUAGUCUUAGCGACAGAAAAUACUGUCCGGUUUAUUUGUGGCUAAUUUGUAUACAAACCUAAUUCGCUUUAAUAGACCAGCUUGCAAUUGGCUAGUGCUCUCGAUUUUUCAUUGGGCCUUUCCGGUCUGCAAUUUCUUAUUCCACUAAAUCAAGCUGUGGAAAGCAAAACAGUUGCAAGUAAUCUGCAACAAAGCAUGCAAGACACCUCUUAGUGGCAGAAAAAUGGAUUUAAAUUUUACAGAUCUGAACACCACUAGACUUGAAAACCAGACGUUGAGUACCAAGGAGUGUAAUCCGAGUUUGCGCGGAUCCUAUUUCAUUCUCGUCGCCUACGUCUGCUCUUUCAUCGGCCUUUUUGGAAUCCCCGCUAAUGCACUUACAGUGUGUGUUCUUAGAGCAGAUCGAAAAAGGAAUACUGCUCGAUAUCUUAUGCUUGUCUUGGCUGCGCAGGACUUAUCGCUCAUCAUUAUAUACAUGAUCUACUAUAUUGUUCCAUUACUUCAUCAGCGUUUUGGGACAUUUCCGGUCGUAAUUCAGUACAUAUGGUUUGCUGACUCCCCCAUCCUCUUCCUGUUAGGAUGGUUUAAGUUUUCGGAAGCCUAUACAAUCGUAUCCAUAUCCAUUGACCGCUUUAUUGCCCUUCGUUAUCCAUUCAAAUCAGCAAGCAUUUGUACAGUAUCGAAUGCUCGUCGUGGCCAGAUGCUUAUUUGGAUAGUGGGACUAGCUUCGAAGCUGCCAAAUCUUAUCUUUGAUUUCUGUUAUUAUGACUGGCACAGUGAAUGCGACUCUUGUGAGCCAAUUUUUCUUAACCGACCCUGGUAUGGGAUGUUUCGUCUGGUUUAUGUACAAAUUAUCGAUCAGAUUAUAACUUUUCUUAUUCCUCUGGCCUGUUUGGUUUUUCUCAACGUCUACCUCAUAUGGCAACUGCACGGUAUCGACGAUAUCUACAAGGAACAUGGCAAGUGCGGCGGAAACUACGCACUCGCAGAAGGGUCUUCUGAAACACCUAACAAUGAAAAUGACGACUUCGCACGUCCUCGACUAUCGCAACGAACAGGUCGAGCAGAUCAUCUGAAAACCAUUGACCGACAAGCGGACACAGAUGCCAAAGAAUACUCCAGGUGUUAUCGAAGACAGCGGAAGAGGCAUCAAAUGAGGAACAUAUCCGCCAUGUUAAUCUGUGUCAUUACAAUGUUUAUCAUAUGUGAAACUCCGACGGCUCUCUAUUUUUUCUUAGAGAUGUAUGCGAAGAUUUGGGGAGUUGAAAGCAACCGCGAAACCACGCUUGCUGUGUACGCCAUCGCCCUUUUUACUGCGAUGAUAAAUUUUGCCUGCAACUUUGUGAUAUACGGACUUGUUGGUUGCCGAUUUCGUUGGAUUUUAAAACAUUCGAUGAACAGGUGGUUUUACAUCUGUUUCCAUUGCAAAAAACCUAGACAAAGACCGCAAAAACGAAUACAUCAGAUUCGGCUUCGGCCUUACCCGGACGUAAGCGCUAACGUUUGUUAAUUCUGUGUUUAACUUAUUGCAGUCAGUAAUUUUAUACAAAUACCCAGUGCGAAAUGUUAAGCAAAAGCUAUUUGACAUCUGAAGAGCAGUAUCUGACUUAGUUUUGAAUUUGACAAAAGUACAAUGCUGUUACGAUGCUGCAUAAUGCAAUAAUUACCUAUAAUGCUCGAUGACAUACGCGAAUGUGGUCUUAGAAUAUACCUAAGGAAGGAAAGACUUACAGUCAGACCAUUUGUGAUCAUCAGAAUUUUUUGCAGACUCAUACUUUUGUACACGCAUGCCAAAAGUUACGUUGGCAACGAGCAGUAAUAUGCAGCAUAAAGGACUCAGAAUGAUAGUCCUUGGAUUGGCUAAUUGUUCUAAUUUACCUACAGUACCAUUUACACUAUCCACGCUAGGUUAAAAAGGAAGGUAAUUCAAAGAGGAGAAGAUGGAAAAUAUCCCACAAAUCGAAAUUUUUAUUUACCUAUACGGAAAGUCCUAAAAUAACUAGGUUUCGAGGAAACGGCUGAAAUCCUCUGGCUUUUUAAAAUCCAUGUGAUUCUUGAAAUGCAGACGCACGCAACUGAAUUCACUUUUGACGCAUUAUUCCCAUUAAUGUGUGCUCCUUUUUCAAAAAUAUACAAGUUUAAAAGUCCCUAUGCUAAAUAAGGGAAUUCCGGUUCGAAGAAAAUAGAGUUUCAUCUAAGUUGAAAAUCAAAUGACACACCAAGCAAACACUUUUACUAAGACGCAAGCAUUCUAGUCAUCAUAAUAUGUACUCCACCUACGGAGACAGUCAGAAUUCCUUUUCUGCCUGUAAGUGUGUCAGUAAACCGGACACACUCUUUGCUAUUUAUAGGCAUUAACAAAAUUCGUCCAAAGGAUAGAUUGUCUGUGAAAGUGUUGCAAAUCCUGCGAAAAGCCUUUUUCAACUGUUUACGGUGCAGAGGGUCCCGCGUGCUUAGAGUUUUACUUAUUAUAAUUUCCACACAAACCCAUUAGACUGGAAACAUCCUGUUGGCUUCUUUGACAAACUGAAGUGAUCGCCGAAAAUCUAACAUUCUGGUUUUGCUAACUCUUUAGCCCUCUCCGUGGCCGAAUACCGAAGAAAAAAUUGGGCCGUCCUUAAGCGAAGGUACGCACUUCCUUAAGUGACUACUUCAAUGACAAAUGAACAUUCAUUUAUAUUAAAAGAAUAUAUUUCCUGUGGUUACUCGACAGAAAGUCGAGAGACGAUAACUGUUAAUAGUGUCUUUCCUUAUAUUAAUGCACUUCUUGCCACCAUCUGUCUGCUUCCUAGCUCCAUGGCUUUUCUCUUAAAGGCCCGUCUGGUUUGACUCGUCCUAA